CGGGGCGCCUUAAAAACCGGAGCUGGCGCUCGCCAUCGCCGCUCUGGGCAGGAUCCAGCGUUGCUGCGACUGCCCUUGACGACCCCGCAGACCCCCAGUAGCCAUGGCCAGCAAGAGCUUGCAAGAUCUGAAGCAACAGGUGGAGGAGACGGCCCAGGAAGCGGUAACAACAGCCGGAGCAAAAGCUCAGCAAGUGGUGGAUCAGGCCACAGAGGCCGGGCAGCAAGCCAUGGACCAGCUGGCCAGCUCCACCCAGGAAACCAUCGACAAGACUGCUAAGCAGGCCUCUGACACCUACUCAGGUUUCGCGAAAAAAUUAGGCCUCAUGAAAUGACAGAGGGAGACAGGGUGAUGCCCCUACAGGCCCUAUGCAACGGAGCCUGGCCCCAAGCUCUGGUCACCAGCUGUCUCCUUGGUCUGGCCCCACAUUAAAAUUCAUGCUCCA